CAACUUUUUAGGAUAAAAUGCGCCAUCAAUCAGACUGGUAUAAAUAUUCGCAGCGGCGUAACAGCUCAGUCCACGUUCAGUCCCCAUCCGUUCAUCACUUGACCGUUUCAUCGCAAACGCAUACCUCACGAUGCCUCUUUCAAUCAGACCCAUGGUGUCAGCGCCAUUAGCGAGCUGUUGUACAAUCUUCUCAAUCUUCGGCGUGGUACUUCUUUGCGUCUUGGGAGCCCUCUAUUCUCGCCAUGUGGAAGCUCUGACAGGCUCGACGAAAGACGCGAGUGAUCCCGACAAGGUUGCUAGGGCCUGCUAUGGCGCGGCCAUCAUUUAUGCAGCCUUCACCGUCUUCUGCGGAAUGCAAAUGAUGGUCCAUCAGCGUUAUCCGAGAGGAGUCCAGCUAUAGUGAUUGUCUAUGGGCUGGAGGACCCCGGACACAUUCAUGUACUUCUCAUUGUAUCUCUAUUUAGACACUUAGCAUGGCAUCACUGCGCUUCUCGAG